AGCUGCAUCUCUGUGUAAAAGACAUCAGUCAUUUCUUAAUGCAAGACAUUGCAUUUUUGUCCGGUGGCCGGGGAAAGGACAAUGCUUGGAUCAUUACAUUUCCAGAAAAUUGUAAUUUCAGAUGCAUACCAGAAGAAGUGAUAACAAAAGUACUGACUUAUUUGACAUCUAUUGCAAGGAAAAAUGGAUCUGACUCCCGGUUUACCAUUAUUCUUGAUCGAAGAUUGGAUACAUGGUCUUCUAUCAAAGUCUCUCUCCAAAAAAUCUCUGCUUCCUUCCCUGGGAACUUACACUUGGUAUUGGUUCUACGUCCAACCAGUUUUCUUCAACGAACUUUUACAGACAUUGGAUUUCGAUUUAGUCAGGAAGAUUUCAUGCUCAAACUACCGGUUGUUAUGCUGAGCUCAGUUAGUGAUUUGCUGACAUACAUUGAUGACAAGCAAUUAACCCCUGAGUUAGGCGGCACCUUGCAGUACUGCCACAGUGAAUGGAUCAUCUUCAGAAAUGCUAUAGAAAAUUUUGCCCUCACUGUGAAAGAUAUGGCUCAAAUGUUACAGUCCUUUGGAACCGAGCUAGCUGAGACAGACCUGCCAGAAGAUAUUCCUUCAAUAGAAGGAAUUCUUGCAAUUCGUGCUGAAAAGUAUCACCUGUUAAAGAAUGAUAUUACAGCUGUAACCAAAGAAGGAAAAAUUCUGCUAACAAAUCUGGAAGUGCCUGACCCUGAAGAAGCUAUCAGUUCAAGAUUUGAACAUCAUGAGCAAAUAAGUGGUGACUGGCAAACUGUGAAUAAAUUGCUGACUCAAGUACAUGAUAUGGAAAUUGCUUUUGAUGAAUUUUGGGAAAAACACCAACUAAAAAUGGAGCAGUAUCUGCAACUAUGGAAGUUUGAGCAGGAUUUUCAAGAGCUUGUGCGUGAAGUUGAACUUCUAUUAAAUCAACAAGCAGAGUUGGCAGAUGUCACAGGGAAUAUAGCUCAUAUAAAACAAAAAAUAAAACAUUUGGAAAACUUAGAUGAAAAUUCUCAGGAUUUGUUAGCAAAGGUCCAGUUUGUGAUUUUACAUGGACACAGACUUACAUCAAAUCACCAUUAUGCACUUGAUUUGAUCUGCCAGAGGUGCACCGAGCUACAUUAUCUUUCUGAUAUUUUGGUUAAUGAGACAAAACACAAACGGAUACAACUCAGCUGGACCUUCGAAAUGCAUAAACGUCUACAGCAGAUUCAAAUUCAGACUGUACAACUCAAGCUUGAAAGCAUUCGAACUGUAUUUGAGAACCAACAAGCUGGUUUCAAGAACCUGAAAUAUGAGCAUGUGAGGCCAAUCCAGUUUGUGGUACCUGCUUCCAACAAAGGGAUCAUACCUAAAGCACCCCUUUUUUCACCUAAACCUGGGAAGAAGACUUGGAAACAAAAUCAGAGCAACUUAAAAAUUGAAGUGGUGCAUGAUUGUCUGGAGAAGAGAAGUUCUGGUCCAUCCUCCAGUUUGAACAAUAACAAUACCUUGGAUGUUUUAAAGAACCAUGUCCUAAAUGAGCUGAUACAGACUGAGAAGAUUUAUGUUCGCGAGCUGUUUACUGUUUUGUUGGGCUAUAAAGCAGAGAUGGAUAAUCCAGAGAUGUUUGAUCUUAUGCCACCUCUCCUGAGAAAUAAAAAGGAUGUUCUCUUUGGAAAUAUGGCAGAAAUAUAUGAAUUUCAUAGCAACCUUUUCAUGAGCAGUCUGGAAAAUUGCAUUGAUGCUCCAGAAAGAGUCGGACUUUGUUUCCUGGAAAGGAAAACUGAUUUUCAGAUGUAUGCAAAAUAUUGUCAGAAUAAACCCAGAUCAGAGGCAAUUUGGAAGAAGUAUUCAGAAUGCGCUUUUUUCCAGGAAUGUCAAAGAAAAUUAAAACACAGACUUGGUCUGGAUUCCUAUUUACUCAAACCAGUGCAACGACUCACUAAAUAUCAGUUACUGUUGAAGGAACUAUUAAAAUAUAGUAAAGACUGUGAAGGAUCUGAACAAUUAAAGGUGGCACUUGACACAAUGCUGGAUUUACUGAAGUCAGUUAAUGACUCUAUGCAUCAGAUUGCAAUAAAUGGCUAUGUUGGAAACUUAAAUGAGCUGGGCAAGAUGAUAGUGCAGGGUGCAUUCAGUGUUUGGACUGGACACAAAAAAGGUGCUACAAAAAUGAAGGAUUUUGCUAGAUUCAAACCAAUGCAGCGGCACCUUUUCUUGUAUGAAAAAGCCAUUGUUUUUUGUAAAAGACGUGUUGAAAGUGGUGAAGGCUCUGGUAGAUACCCGUCAUACAGUUUUAAGCGCUCUUUAAAAAUGGAUGAAGUUGGAAUCACUGAAUAUGUAAAAGGAGAUAACCGCAAGUUUGAAAUCUGGUAUGCUGGGAAAGAAGAAAUUUAUAUUGUCCAGGCUUCAAAUAUAGAUGUGAAGAUGAUAUGGUUAAAAGAAAUAAGAAAUAUUUUAUUGAAGCAACAAGAACUUCUGACAGUUAAACAACAGCAGCGUAAUCAGUUAACUGAACAGGACCAGCUUUCUUCUCAGCAGAAUGAUGAAAGGCAACAGCAAGCUUUUAUAGUUCCUGAGAUAACUAAAUCAGAGCACACCAGCACUGUGGUAGGGGUCCAUGAGGCAACUUCGACAGUUCAGGCAGAAGCAAAUACAGUUUGGACUGAAGAAAUCUCUGAAAGCCCUGAGUCAUGGUCAAACAACUAUUUUUCCUCUUCCUAUGUUGACAGUGGAGAAGAAAGAACCCUACUGGUUGGUGAAAAAUCUAAACAGAAGAAAAGAAGACCUGAUUCCAGGGGACAGUCUGAAGAUUUAAAUCGGUGACUAUAGGUUUCAGAAUGCCAAAUUUACAGGUAUAAUUUGAACAGACUGUAUACUAUUUGUUUAAAGGCUAAAAAAUUUAAAGUUUUACCAAGUAUGCAAUUGGCAUAGGGUAAGAACCUCUUUGCACUUAGAAAUAAAGUUGCAAGCCUACUAUGUUAGCUAGGAUUUAAUAAACAUGUUAAACCCUUUCUUACAAGGUUGAUAAGUUUGAAAGUUUCCGAUACUGUGGUGUCUUACAAGAGAUCCUUCAGAACUAAAUACUGAUAAAAUAUUUUUAAGGUAUAAGCUUUACUAUCCAAGAAUGCUUUACCAGUGUGUUUUUACUCAGUUCACAGAAUAUGUUCUUUCCUUAUGGUAGGUUUCUGCUAUACACACACACACACACACACACACACACACGCACACUUCUCUGUAUCUGUAUACAAGAUUUGAUAUAUGAAGGCAGUAUGAAGCAAUGAGAACUAAUCUAAUGUUCAUUUCUAUUUAAAAAAAACUCUUUCAAAUAAAAUUUCUGGAUACAAACCAAUGUUUUUGUAGAUUUUCACAGUGAGUGAUACUGAGCUGUCUAUAAAAAGGCAGCACACACACAAAAAGAAAACAGACUUGUUUAUGAACUUGUGUGUGAACAAGAUUAUUAUUAUUAUAUGUACAUAUUUCCUUUGAAUUUCUAGUUUUGGAUUUGUAUCUGAAUUCCAGGUAAUGAUACAUUGUGUUUAGAUGGAUCUAUUAGACCAGGAAUAACUUAUUUGGUUCCAAAUUUCAUUUAUGACAUAAAAUAAAAUCUAAGGUUGAUAGGGCUCAAUAUAAAUAUUGGCUCACAUGGGAACCCCACAAAUAGAGUCACUUUUUAUUUGUUUUUAUUAUAUUAGAAAUCAAUAAUCCCUAAAAUUUGGAUAUUAAAUGACAUAAAUCUAAACACAUGGGACAAAGAAGUAAAAGCACAAGAUAAAUUAGAAUUAUUGCAAGUUGGAUGAAAAUGGAGCAUAUCAAAAUUUGUGGAUGCAGCUAAGGAAGGUAGAAAAUGUAUAGCUUUAAAUACUUGUAUUACACACUUAAAAUUCAAUGUAAUUCACCAUAUUAACAUAAUGAAGGGGAAAUUUAUGUAAUCAUUUCAAUAAAUGCAGAAAAGAACCAGACAAAAUUUUAUACCAUUCAUGAUAAAAAGUCUCACCAAACUAGGAAUAAAGUGAAUUUCCUCAACCUGCUAAUGUACACUUGUGAAAAACCACAGCUAACAUCAUACUUAAGGAUAGAAUAUUGAAAGCUUUUCCUCUAAGAUUUGGAAGAAGCCAAGGAUAUUAUUCACUCUCACCAUUUCUAGUCAACAUUGAUACUGGAAAUCCUAGCCAGUGCCAUAAUUCAAAAUAAAAAGAUAAACAAGACGAUUAGAAAAGAAGAGGCUACACUGUUGUGCUUAGCAGAUCAUUUAUAUGUAUAAAAUCAUUAGGUAUCUACACAAAAAAAAACCCUACUAGAAGUAAUAAAUGAAUUUUAUAAGGCCAAGUAUACAAAGUCAUCAUACAAAGUAAAUUUUAAUUCUAUAUCA